CAGUGACUCGUUGGCCGCCGAGCAGCGCGGACGUGUGUGAGAAACUCUCUGUGGCUGUACGUGACAGAAGUGCUGUGCGAUAUUUGUCAAACUUAUUCGGAUGUUCGUUUUUUUUUGAAUGAGAUUAUUGUGCGUGAUGGAUCAGUGAUAUUGGAUUGCGUUUUGGAUCUGGCGAGCUCACCUCCACCAAAUGUGUUCAACUGCAACUGACGCUUCCAAUACAAUAGUGACUACUUACUACCGACGGGUGAUGGCGGGAAAUAGUUGAUCCUGCCUGCAUGAACGUUCGAGAGCUUUUAUUGAGCUAGCGGCGUGUGCGCACAAAGGCGGCUGUGGCGCGCCGCAUCUAUGCCGCAUCGACGCAGGUUCGACAUACACCGGGACGUCGCCAGGUCGCUGUUGAAGAGGAGUGGUUUGAGGGGAGUGAGGUAACCUGGCCGGAAGAUCAUCAUCACGACAUGUGUUCCCCCCAACCGAGUACCUAAGCAUAACUUUACAACGAAUAAUGUACGGUCCGUCCAAUAUACUGCCAAACAUUUUGAACGAAUUUAUAAGUGAUUGUACAUUUUUAGUUAAUAAUUAAUAGUGCGUAGAACGUGAUAGUGUGGUGUUUAGUGACAGCGCCAUCUGGCGUUCCUUGUGUGUGACAACGUGGCGGGGACGCAUGCGCCGUCGGGGCCGGCGCUGGCGAUGCCAUUUAUUGAAGACGAGUGGUGGUCAGCGGAGAAUGAAGGCAGAAUGGUCGACCUGUCUAAUUGCCUUCAGGACGCGGUAGCAAACGGGCAAACUCCAACUCAGAUGCAAUUACAGAUGGCGAGUUCACUGGGGGAGCUGUCCCAAGCUGAGCUGUCAAACUUUGUCGGUGGCCUCACGCUGGAGGCAGACUCCUCUGAGGCUGCAGACCCUGAUGACAUUUUGAAGCAAUUGGGCGAAACUGCUUUUGACAAUUUUGAUACGUUUUUUACGGAUUUGACCAAUGCAACCGCUUCCGCUGUGCCACCGAUUGAGAUUAAGCAAGAAGAAAACAACAACAUAUCGCCAGCGUCCGGGAGCCAAUUACAAGGCUCCUAUUAUCAACAGAGCAACCAGCUCGUCUUGCCAAACAAUGGACAACAAAGACUACAACAAUUAUUAAGAUCGGGAACGAGCGCUAUCAGCAGCGCUGUGACAAAUACAAUAAAUAAUGGGAGAUACAACAUUGCGUCCGCGAACCCGCUGCUCGCUGAAAAGCUAGCAGCGACAUCUAGCGGCAUAAAGCAGGAACCGGGCACGUUGAGUUCGGAUUACAAUGGGACUAGUAUGAACUAUGGAAGCGCGUCGCCAAUGCAACGGGUGCCGAGUGGGAAGCCGCAGGUGCAUGAUGCUGGUGGAGGUAAAGUGGAUGGGGAGCCAACUGGUCUGCCUCUGGGAGCGAGAGGGUCACUGGGGAGGGCACUCCUCCACGGACUCCUAGCGCCUGCCUCUACAACCAGGCAUCACCUCUAUACUGCGCCAAAUACUGGCUCUCUCCCCCCAUCGCCAGCUGACAGCGGCGUCUCUGACGUGGAGUCUUCAUCAUCAGGGGCGGGUUCCGCGGAGGAGCUGAAGGCGCGGCUGCAGCCCCCGCCGCCCGCGCCCUUCCACACCCCCUUCCUGCCGUUCUACCCGCAGCACCAGAUCACCAGCUCGCUGCAGCACCAUGUAGCCCACCCUAGACCGCCUGGUGUGGGCGGUGUGGAGAGAGAUCCGUACGCGUACGGGUACGGCGGCGGGGGGGGAGGGCACCACUUCGCCGCGCCCGCGCCGCCGCCGCUGCCGCACGACGACCUCCCCUACUCAGUGUUCGACUUCGGCGACUACCAGCGGCACCACCACCACAACAAACUCAAGCCCAAAAAGAGGCCGCGGACCGACGCGCCGCCCACGCCGGGCGUGAAGCGCAAGAGCCGCGAGGGCUCCACCACCUACCUCUGGGAGUUCCUGCUGAAGCUGCUGCAGGACCGCGAGUACUGCCCGCGCUACAUCAAGUGGACGAACCGCGAGAAGGGCGUGUUCAAGCUGGUGGACUCGAAGGCGGUGUCGCGCCUGUGGGGACUGCACAAAAACAAGCCGGACAUGAACUACGAGACGAUGGGGCGCGCGCUGCGCUACUAUUACCAGCGCGGCAUCCUCGCCAAGGUGGACGGCCAGCGCCUCGUCUACCAGUUCGUGGACGUGCCCAAGGACAUCGUGGAAAUAGACUGCUCGCUCGCGUAAUGUGCUACAGUGAAUCUCUCGUUUGACACUUGUUUUCCGCUCUUACGUAUUUUUCACUUAUAGUAAAUUCUACUCAUCAUGCAUUACGGUCGCUUCUAACGUAAUCCGAUCGAUUUUGAAUUUAAUAUAUAUUUACAGAGUAGGAGAGACGAAAUUGAUUGCUCAAACGUUUAUAUAUCUAUUUUUAGGGGAAUUUCAAAAGGAACACUUAAAUUUGCUAGAUGUUAUAUGGUAUGGAGUGAAAUUUUGUAUAAUGUUGAAACGAAUUUUUAAAUGUUUGUAUUAAUAUUUGUAUACAUGUAUCGUCGGCUCCGACUGUACGCAGAACUUCCUACCUCAAAACUACGCAAAACACAUAUUAUGAAUAUACAAUUUAUUCGACACAGUUUUUUACAAUAUGCAAUAAGUAUAGUCUAAAUAAUAGUUUUAUUAAAUAAAUAUUUACGUAAAAUGUUUAUAUUAUAGUGAAAAUUAUCAUAUAUUCCCUCAGAUGAAUAUGUAUUUUCCUUUGGUGCUUUCGAUGCAUUGCAUAUGUUCUUGUUACAAUUAGUCCUCAUGUUUAUAUAUUAUACAUUAUACAUUAAUCUCUUAAUUACGUAAAUCAAAUAUCGAGCCGUUGUUCCUUUGUUGUAGCCCGACCUUUAUAACUGCGAUGAAUGCACCUUGAUGACGCAACGAAAUAUUUAUUAAAUCAGUAUUUUAACGUAUAUUUGUGACGGUUAAAGUUCGACCAUAGUCCUGCGAGAGGCAUCGAGUGCAUUCCGCAAUUAUUCAUGGUUUUUAAGUCGUCAGACACUUCUUUUUUCCAGUUGAGUAGAAUGUCCGACGUCUUAAUGAAACCGAAUUUUUCAAUUGAUAUUAUUUAAGUGUUUGUGGGAUUUUGAAUAAAUUCUACGAUUGUAAGUACUGAAACCUACUGCCAACUUUCUGUUAGUAACUGAUGAAUAGUUUAAGUGAUGGAAUUCGUGAGUUAAUUGUGUUAAUUAUUACAAAUAGAUGUUUACUUGUAAGUGAGCUGUUUUAGAACACGUCUAGUUUAUUUCGUUUAUUUAAAUUUAUGUUAGGACUGUUGGACGGGGAUCUCGAGCCGACAUUUUUUGACAUAUCAGAAAAAUAAAAUUGUCUAUGGAACUUUCCACAAAUCGCAUUCGUUUCGCUGCAUAUCAAGAAAGUUCAAAAGCCGAGAAAAGAAAACUAUUUAUGUGAUAUAUAAUUUCUUACAAUAUCAGCUCGAGACCCCUAUUUUUGUUACCUGAAUAAAUAUUAAUAAUAAAUUACGAUUUGUGGUCCAAUGUUAAUGAAACAUAAUACUUUUAUCUAAAUAGUUGAUAAAUAAAUCGAAUAAGCAGUAGUCUAGUUCGCGUUGCGUUUUAUCAAACAAUGCAAAGACAGACGAAACAUUAUAUAUUAAUACACAUACGUACAAUAAUGUAUAGUUUUUAUUUGUCUAUGAGUAGAAUGGAGAGGAAUUGUUAGAUAAGUGAUGCGUCCAAAUCUUGAAGAUGUGGCGAAGUGCGUAGGCCGUGCACAUAAAACUGUUCCCAUAUGUUACGAGAUAUUUUUAUAAAACGUUGAAGUAUAUCAUAUUAUUAGCGAGUAAGCAACAGAACUAUAUCGGAUUGUCGGCCUGCGCGCCUGAGUGGAACUGAUGAGGGUCAGAAGCCUUAGGAGAAUCGAAACGUUAAGAAAAUGGGUGCUAAGUGUGGGAGCGUCGGAAUGCAGACUCAUACUUUAAACAUACCUUCUACUUAAAUAUCCUUUAUUGUCUGCCCAGUGCGUUAAUAUUGAACGAGAAUGUUGGGCAUGUCGCAUCCAGCAAAACAAAACCAGUGCCCGUUUCAUGUGAUUACAAUAAAUAUAAUAAAAACGUGGAAAUUUUAUUCGUAUUUACGUAGUUAGGCGAAAUUCUCAAAAGGACUUUCUAUCGGAGCUAUUUUCUUGCUUUUGUAAAUAUAAUCGUAGGUUAACUUAUUUAUUUUGUCUCACGUGACAGCAUGAUUGCCGGAUCCGCGCAAUUGGCAGAAGCAUCGUCGUUAUUAGUGUAUUUUAAAAAUUCUAUUUAAAUUCAACUAUCACUUAAGCACGAAUAUACAAAGAGGAAUAACUUUCUAUAUAUUUAGAUAAUUCAUUUUUUUAGCCCACUGCGCAGAUCUCGAUACCGCGUGAUACAUGUUUUUUCCUUUUUAGGAAAGUUCGUUCUAUAGGUUACAAAUUUUAUUGUAAAAUAUAAAAUUAUAUAAUAAAUAAAUUUAAUAGUAGGUAAUGAAUGGACCAGGCGAUGGCAGGGGAGUGCUCUCAGAAUUUAUGAUUCGGCUAGUAUAGUGUUGAAGAGUUACCGGUAGGCAAAAUGUCAGAGCGACAUAUAAAAUUAUGCUCGAUAUAAAAAUUAAAUUUAGUCGAAUUGAUGUUGUUAACGAAUCAAAGUUUCUAAUAAUUAAUGUACUUAAAUUUUCAAUGUAAAUUUUAAUGGCACUUCGAAAAAUUAUUGUUAAAAUUAUUUUAAUUGAGACUAGUCUUAGUAUCUUAAAAUUUCAUUUUUAAAUUAUUUCUAACGCCGGUUCGGCAAAGGGCGUUUGUGGCGCGGUUUCAAAAUGGCCGUUGACGAAGCACAGAUUACGAAAAUGUAAAUAGAUUAAAUGAACGCACACCCUCAUGACCGUGGAGCCGCUAGAUAGGUGGAAUAGAAAUUGUGAAAUAAAUAGCGCGGAAGCAAUCAGAAGGUUAGUGAAUUUGGUAUAAGGGGGAGGGGGAAUCGUCCGAAUGGGAAACACGUUUUGUCUACUUUUUCAUUAUAUUAUACUAAAUCGUUAAUUAAUGUCCAAAAUUAAUACGUAAUUCAUGAAUGUUGUGUCUUGUUUCGCCUAUUUUUAAUUUAAUUGUAAUUUUCGUUUUACUUUUUGCAACGAAAUUUAAAUGCCUGCUUAAUGCGUUAAAUUUGAAAAUUAAUUUAUUAUAUUCUGAGAGUUAUGUGCGAUAGUGAUUUUGCGUUACAUUUGCUUUUAGGUUAUUGCAGUUAAAGUCCGUUUAUUUUAAUUUUAGUUGUAUAAUUUAACAAAAUAUUGUAUUUCUGCCCCCUAGUUAAGUUAUUUUUCUAUGUAUAGUUAGUUAUAAGUGUAAAUGAUUUAGCACAUAAAUUUGAUGCAUGAUGAUAAUGUUAAUAAAAUAUCCACAAUAAAAUACAA